AUUCUGUUACCGCUGGUUAUAUACACAUUAUAUACAAUAUAGUUAUUUUACACCCUGUACUUUGUACUAUCAGGUAACUUCCUGCUGUGAUUACAGGGCGUCUAGCGGAAAACCCGGGCACUGGGCUAUUAAAUUGUAAGGAAGAGGAUGAGACAGAUGACAUAAAUAGUCAUCAGACUAAAAUUCAUUGGUCCCUCCCUACCGAUGAAGAUAAAGCUGAUAUAGUGAAAGUUGAGAUAACAGAAGAUUUGUGUGUGAGGCGUCAACAGGGAACCCCGGAUGAGGAAACCAGUGGCAGUAUCAGCCCAGGUGGAUUCACAAAUUGCAAUAAUCCUGGUCAUGGCCAAAGUGCUGAUGCUUCAUUCAGUCUUUUCCAAAAUAGAAGAAGCCAUGAAGAAAAUGUAUAUUCUGAAUGUGGGAAUUUUUCAACCAGGAAAUCACAAUAUAUUACUCAUAUGAAAUUUCAUACAGAAGAGAGAGAAUUUUCAUGUUCUCAAUGUGGGAAAUGUUUUAAUAAGAGAUCAAAUCUUAUUACUCAUAUGAAAAUCCAUACAGGAGAGAAAGCAUUUUCAUGUUCUGAAUGUGGAAAAUGUUUUACCAAUAAAUCAACUCUCAUUAGUCAUCUGAAGAUUCAUACAGGAGAAAAAAUAUUUUCAUGUUCUGAAUGUGGGAAAUGUUUUAGUCAAAAAUCAAAUCUUAUUACUCAUUAUAAAACUCAUACAGGAGAGAAAGCAUUUUCAUGUUCUGAUUGUGGGAAAUGUUUUAGUCAGAAAUCAAGUCUUAUUACUCAUCAGAAAAUCCAUACAGGAGAAAAGGCAUUCUCAUGUUCUGAAUGUGGGAAACGGUUUACUCAGAAAUCCACUCUUAAUAUUCAUCAGAAAAUUCAUAGAGAAGAGAAAUCAUUUUCAUGUUCUGAAUGUGGGAAAUGUUUCACUCGGAAGUCAAGUCUUAUUAUUCACCAGAAAACUCAUACAGUACAGAAACCAUUUUCUUGUAAUGAAUGUGGGAAAUGCUUUACUCGGAAAUCAAAUCUUAUUGCUCAUCAGAAAAUUCAUACAGCAGAGAAAGCCUUUUCAUGUUCUGAAUGUGGAAAAUCUGAUAUUAAAAAGACAAAUAACUGACAUUGUAAUAUAAAAUGUUUAAAGGGUCAUAAAGCCCAAAAUUUCUCUGAGCAUACAUUUUAAACAACUUUUGUGGAAGGAGGAGAAAUGCACUACUAGGAGCUAGCUGAACACAUUUUAUGAGCCAAUGACAAGAGUUAUAUAUGUGCAGCAACCAAUCAUCAACCAGCUCCUGAGCCUACCAAAAUAGUAAGCAAAUUAGAUAAUAGAAGUAAAUUAAAAUGCUGUUUAAAAUGGCUGUUUUAAAAAUCUGAAUCGUGAAGGAAAAAAAAUGUGGGUUUUAUGUCACUUUAAUUAUGUGUAUUAAAACAACUUUGCAUUUUUUUCCAUUAUUUAUUAUGUCCUUUUUUCCUGUAAUGUAACUCUACAAAUUGUGGGCUUUCCAAAUCCCAUGUGUUUCUAUUAAGUAAUGGGUAAUGCACGUUGAAACCUAGAUGUCACAGAUGUGCCAUCCCUGACCUUUUAAUGGGGACAUCACAUAGUUAUUUUAUCAUUUAUUGUAAUCAUAGGAAAAGGACUUUUGAAAUGUGUGUUGUAAAAUGUUACCAGGGACAGUUGGAACGGCAGCGCUGAUAAAACAAUACUCCAGCAAGCUCCCUACCUGCCCGGGCUGUUUUAUGUAUUAAGAGCAUGUUAGGAUUAACAACAAUUUGUAACCAGGCAAAUUCAAAGUCAUAGAAUCUACUACUCUGAAUGGCUGGAACAUAUAUUUGAUUAUUUCUGCUCUAGCCAUUAAGGAAAUGAGUUAAUAAACAACCAAAAACUGUUGCAGUGGACUUUCUACAAUUGGUUGGUUUCUAUUCUGGCUGUUAA